AUUGCCCCAGUAACGCAUUUCUAUUGCCAUUUACGAAGUUGGAGUUUCAUGAGUUAAAAUAGAAGAAGUACUCGCGUAACUAUGACACACUUCUGGAUAACAGUCGUAUUCGUUGCCGUUCUGUUCAUGACACAGGAAGUCAGCGCCAAGCAUAUUGGUCGUAAUGGAGAACCCACAGUUAUUGAAAACGACUGUAAAGAAUAUGGGCAUUUGUGCCUAGGCGUGGCUGGCAAGAAAUCGGUGAAUUCAUCGAAAAUGAAAUCCGAAAUCUCGACCUCUCAACCCUCGGGUUAUCUUGAUCAAGAGGAGACUACACCGAAGCCGGACUAUCCCAACUCUGAAUAUGGUUUACUGCCGAAAGGUAACGGGCAAAUCGACUCGCGGUCAAAAGCUGCACUGAGACGUAAGAAGCUACAUUUUAAGGGUACAAAGGGUCCCUGGGCAAAGACGCGCUUUCGACACAAAACGAAAAAACCAUUGGUAAAAUGGGGAAAAACGAACAAACCUUCUAAAUGGAAAAAAAACACAAAAGGUACAACUUACUACUGA